CAUAUCUGCUGUUUACAACACUGUUAAUUGACAUUCGAAAAAAACGCGCACUUCGCCAGGACGCAACAUUGAAAAAAAGCGAAUAGUCCAGUAUUUAUAACAGUUGUUAGCCAAAUCAUAUUAUUAAUAUUAAACAUGGCCCACGCGCGCACCAAGCAUGCAACGCGCACCCAUCUUCCACAUCUCAUGGCCCAUGUACCAGGAGAGCAACAGGAGCCUGUCAAACAAAUGUGCCUGAAAAUGAUGUCGCACGACGCCUACGGAAAACCCUAUGAGUGGAGCACACGCGACUUUGAAAUGGGCGCACCCUUGGGACGUGGAAAAUUUGGACGCGUUUAUUUGGCGCGCGAACGCUAUUCCCACUACAUUGUAGCCAUGAAAGUAAUGUUCAAGGAGGAGCUACGGAAGGGCAAUGUGCAGCGUCAGGUGUUGCGUGAAAUCGAGAUACAGUCACGUCUGAAGCAUCCACAUAUUCUGCGCUUGCUGACCUGGUUCCACGAUGAAUCGCGCAUAUAUCUGGCCCUGGAAAUAGCCACCGAAGGCGAGCUGUUCAAGCACUUGCGGAAUGCGCCAAACCACCGCUUUGAUGAGCCGCGCGCUGCUAAAUAUACAUACCAGGUGGCCAAUGCGCUUAAUUAUUGCCAUCUUAACAAUGUCAUACAUCGAGAUCUGAAGCCUGAGAACAUUCUGUUGACGGGAACGGACGAUGUGAAACUGGCGGACUUUGGUUGGUCCGCACACACACCGACGAACAAACGCAAGACACUGUGCGGCACGCUCGACUACUUGCCUCCAGAGAUGGUCGAUGGACGCACCUAUGACGACAGUGUGGACCAAUGGUGUUUGGGCAUUCUCUGCUAUGAGUUUCUAGUUGGUAAUGCCCCAUUCGAGGCAAAUACUACAGAGAACACGUACGACAAGAUCAGGCGGCUAGAGGUCAAAUAUCCGCCUCACAUGUCCAAGGGCAGCAAGGAGCUCAUUUCUGGUCUGUUACGCCGCCAAGGACAAGGUCGUAUCACACUGAUCAAUGUUAUGACCCAUCCUUGGGUUAAGGAAAAUAUGGCUAAACGUGCAGCUGAACUGCUGCAGAAGAGCAGCGAUCGCGGCAAGGAGAAUGUGCAAAAGAAUGAUUGUGGCAUAUAGUACGUGUAUACUGAUUUAUUUUCAUUUAACAAUUUCGUUCAUUGUCAUAUUAAAUAAAAGUUUUUAAAUUA